AUGCACUCCACCAGCACCCUAUCCCUCUCCCUCUCCCUCAUCGUCACCCUCCUCCCCCUCGCCCUCGCGCGAACCGACCACUCAGGCUGCACAUCCACCACCUCCGGCGCCUCCAUCAUCUUCUUCGUGCCCGGCACCGGCGAACUCUGCGACUUCCUCGACUGCGGCGGCGGACGCGCUCCUCCAAAGACCACCGUCCCAGGCUGUCCUCAAUACGUCGGAACAGCUACCUAUUCACCCAGUUUCUUGCCUGGAUUUGGCGCUGGUGGAGUGGUUGCGACUAGUACGCCGACGAGUGUUUUGGUUGCGUCAACGAGCAGCCCGAGUCCUGUGAUCACGGGGACAGGUGCAGGAGGGAGUGCGGUUACGUUGACGGGGACUGUGAGUUCGAGUUCAACAUUGGUAUCGGAAUCGGUGAAUGUCUCUUCGCAGUCCUCUGCAGUCGCAGGUGGCAGCACUAUCACGGCCAUCAGCAGUAGCACACCUUCUGGAAGCGCCGCAUCGCAAAGUGCAUCAUCAGGUUUAUCAGCUAGGUCUAGCACUGGAUCUGUAGCCGGAUCAGGAACUUCAACGGGAACGGCUGCGGGCGCAACGAAUACCAAUUCCGGCUCUAUGAAUGCGGUGAAUGGCGUUGUUGGUGCUGUGGCGGCUGGUAUUGCCUUUUUGUUGUAG